ACUGUGAUUAUUGUGAGUGGUGUGACUGGUUCUCCCCCCUGCUCUGUGGCUAUAUCCCAGGGGAGAUUUUUAGUUCGCUGUUCCCUCCCCCCGGACAACACACACAUGACCCGGGUCACAUGACGGUACGCCUCGGUACUACCUCCUGGUUCAAAGACUGGCUACACCGAGCGAGGCUAGCUGUUAGCUUCAACUGUCGAGACAGCCAAGAUGAGUUUCCUAGGAGGUUUGUUUGGGCCGGUGUGUGAGAUAGACGUCCUGCUGAACGAUGCAGAGAACAGAAAAACAGCUGAGUUGAAGACAGAAGAAGGGAAAGUUGAGAAACACUACCUGUUCUACGACGGAGAGUCUGUGUCUGGCAAGGUGAAUCUAAAUGUUAAGCAGGGAGGAAAACGUCUGGAGCAUCAAGGCAUCCGCAUCGAGUUUGUUGGACAGAUAGAGCUGUUCUCUGAUAAGAGCAACACCCAUGAGUUUGUGGACUUGGUGAAAGAGUUGGCUCUACCCGGAGAGCUCAACCAGAACAGGAGCUACGACUUUGAGUUCAUGCAGGUGGAGAAGCCGUAUGAGUCCUAUACUGGAGCCAAUGUCCGGCUAAGGUAUUUCCUCAGAGUGACAAUAGUCCGUCGUCUGUCAGAUUUAGUGAAGGAAUACGAGCUGAUUGUCCACCAGUUGGCCACAUACCCAGAUGUCAACAACUCGAUCAAGAUGGAGGUCGGCAUAGAAGACUGUCUGCACAUUGAGUUUGAAUACAAUAAAUCCAAAUACCACCUUAAGGACGUGAUUGUUGGGAAGAUCUACUUUCUGCUGGUCAGGAUCAAGAUCCAACACAUGGAGCUACAGCUCAUCAAGAAGGAGAUAACAGGCAUAGGUCCCAGUACAACCACAGAGACGGAGACUGUUGCAAAGUAUGAAAUCAUGGAUGGGGCUCCAGUUAAAGGAGAAUCAAUUCCCAUUAGACUGUUUCUGGCAGGAUAUGACCUGACACCUACCAUGAGGGAUGUCAACAAGAAGUUCUCUGUACGCUACUUCCUCAAUCUGGUGCUAGUGGAUGAAGAGGACAGAAGAUACUUUAAACAGCAGGAGAUUGUUUUGUGGAGAAAAGCUCCAGAGAAGAUUAGGAAAAAAAACUUCCAGCGCUACGAGUCACCUGAGCCCCGCACCCAGCCAGUUAGCGCGGAGCAGCCGGAGAUGUGAAGGUGGCGCUAUGAACUGAAAACACACACAGACACACACCAACUCUUCACUGCUGAACAGCCAGAGGUGUGAGAGCUGCCACACUAUCUUCCUGGACUGAGAAUUGUAUACAUGAAUACACACAACAUACCUUCAGACAUCCACAUCAACACUUUACAGCUUCAGAUGUGAGAUGUCUGCCCUAACCCUAACCCCCCCCCCCCACUCUCCUCGAGGACUGACACACUUGCAUACCGAUGCACAAGCAUACAAUCCAAGAAGGCUGAAAGCUAAAUGUCUAGGCAAGAGUGCAAACGAGAAAGGAAUAGUGAGACAGCCUAUUUUAUCCUGGUGUCUCAGACGAGCGAAGCCAUAAAGCCUCAGUUUGUUGAUUGCAAAAUAAAACAUGAGCAAAGAGGGGAUGUCUACAGAUGACUACAACAUCGGAUUUUUUUUUUCUUGCAUAUUUAGACGGCACAGUGAUUUUAAAGCGUUCAUGUCUUGUGGUGAUCAGCCUUAACGAAGGACGUGAGAGGCUAAGAUAUCAGUAAACACCCACUCUGUCUUCUCGUUUAUCCAUCUGCCGUUGAAAACAAGAGUUUCCCAGUUGUUGUUAAAUGUGUUGCAACAGUCCACAGGUGGUUUCUUCCAUUCAAAUGUCUGUGUAUUGCGACAAAUGUCUAUGUAGACAUACAUUUAAUCUUCCAGCUAUUUACUGAAAAUUAACAUAUUUGUAUAAUUUCAAUGUCAUUUAUUUCAGAAAACCAUAAAGGUAAAUGGAAAUCAUCCAGAGCUGCAACAAAUCAUUUGUUUCCGCACAUUCUUGAUGAAUUGCUUCGUCAUUAAAAUAGUGUAUCACAGUUUCCCAAAGCUACAGGUGACAUCGACAAAUGUCUCGUUCUCUCUGACCAGGAGUCCAAAAACAUUCACUUUACAAUCACAUACAAUAAUGGAGAGAAACACUGAGAAUGCUCAGCUUUUAAAAGAUAAAACAAGAGAAACAAAGUCCACCAUCAAAACAAUCGAUUCACAAACAGAUAACACACUAAUCGUUGCAGCUCUAAAAUGUCAAUACAUUUUAGUCUCCUGUUAAGAUCAAUAUUUAAUGCCGUUUUCACUGAUAAUCAUUCUCUGGCCUUAGUUUGAUCUUUGACAUGCUAUUUAUUUAUGAUUAAUCUUGAAGAAUAUUCUUUCCUAAUUUAUUUUGAGUUGGUUCACUCAAUUUCAAAAAAUACGAAUACCACCCCCACCCCACCCAAACCAUUUUCUGGAUUAACAGGGAGUGAGAUUUCAGUGCUGUGAGCAGUAAAAAUGAAAUGCCAGUACCUCCAAAUUAUUAGGGUGGAAGAAGAAAUACAAAGAGAUAUAUCAAAACUUAGACAUAUUUAAGCUGUACUGCAAUAUGUUUCUGGGUAAUUUGAAAGUCAACACCUUUAUAAAUUCCUGUGUCAGUGCUGGUGCGGCUGACUCGUGUCAGUCAAUGCAGAAACAUAUGUUUUCUUUAAAAAUGUAAAAGCUUAAAAUGCUAGGGAAAGUUGUCUUGCUGCUUGUGUCUUAAAGAAAAUCUAAUUUCAUCACUGCAUGAGCUGAAAUUAUUCAAAAUGAAAUGAUGCUACCCAGACUCAGCACAUUUACUGUCAAUUUCACUUAGAUUUUCUCUUGUUGCAGCGUUUUCUGAUUGCUGGUUUGUAGAAUACUAAUGUUAAAAAAAUGUCUCGUCUGCUAAGCACUGGAAGGGAUCCCGUAUCGCUAUACUGUUAAGUCCAACAUUAUUCCACUGUGAUGCUCAGACUGGGAGUUUAGGUCCUGCUUUAAAGACACACAAACCGUGCAGGGUGGUGUUACCGGUUUGUGUGUAGGUUACAUUUGCUCUUAAGCUCUGAACUGUGGCCAGUUUUGCACUUUCCCCUUUGAUGCUUAACGUUGUUAAAAAGGGGCAUGGAAGCUGAAGCUAAACAUUACUCAAGGGCAACUUCACCUCAGAGAUCCCCUGUGUCUAUGAUGGACAUUAUGCUGUCAUUUAUAUAUCACUACUUGGACUGAAUAAGUACAAUAUUUUGUUGGUUUUGGUCUCUUACAUAUGCAAGUCAUGCUGUCAUAUUAAAUGUUUCAUUUCAUAAAACUGAACACUAACAUCUUCUGUUCAGAUGUAUUUGUUAUUUUUACAACCUGAUUUUCUUUUGUGUGGAAACAGUGUGAUUUAUGUGCAGGUUUCACUUUUCUUUCAGCCUUUCAGACAUAUUUCCAGUCUUUUUAAAAACACUGUACAGGCAGGGUUUGUUUAAAUGCCUUCAAAGGUAAUGAAGAAACACUUCAAUGCCAAAACUCUCUGCCACUGUCUUCUACUGCAUGUUAAUCUUUACACAAUGUCUAAUCAUGUCAUUGACUUGUGUGUGUGUGUGUGUGUGUGUGUGUGUGUGUGUGUUUGUAUGAUAAUGUGUAUAUACACCAAACCCAAAUAUAUAGCCAAAAUAAAUCGUGAAUAAAGCAAAUUUAUACAGAA